AUGAAGGCACCUCCACACCUAAAGGAAAAUGCCGUGUGUUGGACAUUGAUCCCCCGUUCGCCCAACGUAGGAAUUUCGAGGACCCCAAUCACCGUGAAUUGCACACCGAAAGCCGGCACCGACGAGAACUCCCAGGGCACUCCAACUAACAAAGCGAAGACGAUGCAGCAACAAUUAUUCAUGAAGAAAAAGCCCGAUUUGUUGUUCUCAGAGAGCGACUUCCAAAACUCGGACAACUGUGAAGCGUCGAAAUGGACAAAUGCUUGGAUGGGAAGGAGGGGAUCCUUUGAAGCGAAUGGCGCAACGAGUCCCCGACACUCUCAGGUCACCGAGCCGCCA